GGUAAUCAAAUCCGAUAUCUCACUCCUGAAGGUAACUCCGGAUGCAACGGUGCACUUCCUGCAUGCGUACGGCUUCAGGCCGGGUCCCUAUGCUGCUUCCCUGUGUGCCACUUUGGUCCCUACAGAAAUAAUUGCCCAUUGGUAUGGCAAAGUUUCCCAUGGCGGGGGGAAACAAGGCAGCUCUGCCAAAGAAUCGUUGGCAGAGGAUUGCAGAGUACCUACAUGAAAGCUUCCUAGAGAUCUCUAUGCAGGAUUUCCAGGACAUUAACAAACUUUUCUGCCAGGCCCCCACUGCUUAGCUGCUCAGGCUCUGUUGGUAAUUUCUAUCUCUUAUCCCUCCUCUACCAUAUAACAAAGUAAAUGAGACCUCAAUCUCACAUCUCUGUGCAGUAUCAAAGCAAAAUGUGUGCUUACCAGAGCAUGCAUCUCCUGCUUCAUGAGCACCAGAGCCAUAGUGCUGGAACUGGCUAAACCCCUCUGGAGUCAAAAAUAGGUCCUGACUUGCCAUGCCACCAGACGACUUUAUCACAUGUCCCACAUCCUCCUCCAACUCCACUUCCUCGUCUACCACUUUGUCCUCGGGCUUGACUCUGCUGGCUACUGCCUCCAGUCCCCCAAAGUAUCCGUGGAGCUCUUGACAGUGGAGGUGGGGUUGCUGCUGAGGAUGGCAUCCAGCUCCUGGUAGAAGUGGCGUGUCUUCAGUGCUACACCAGAGCGACCGUUUGCCUCCCUUGCCUUCUCGUAUGCCUGCCUUAACUCCUUGGUCUUAGCAUCACACUGCUGCUUGUCCCUUUUGUGUCCCUUCUGCAUGCCAUGAGCAAUCUGUCUGUAGAUAUCAAAGUUCCUACAACUUCAGCGAAGCUGCGACUGCACAGCCUCCUCUCCAAACAGAUCCAACGGCUCUGGUGUACCCCAGGCGGGAGCACCUCUGUUGCGGAAACCCAGCAUGGUCAGCUGGGAAGAUGCUGUGUGAACAGUCCAUGCUGAGCAAAGAGGAAGGGGAAUUUCAAAAAUUCCCAGGCUUUCAAACGGGGGAAGGAUGCAUGCCUGUGUUCCUGCAGGGCAGCAGAGUUAAAACUGUUGACCAGAGCGGUCAUGAUGGGCAUUGUGGGACACCUCUUGGAGGCCAGUUAGGACAACAUAAGCAGGUUCAGUGUCUACACUGACAUUGAGUCGCUCUAACUAAGUCGCAAAAAGCUCUGUGCCUCUCGUCGAGGUGGUUUUCUUUGUCAGAGUAGGGGAGUUACAUUGGUGGGAAGAACAUUUCAGUGUGUAUACCUCCACUGUUUUGGUGACAGAAGCUAACUUUUGUCAACAAAACUGUGUAGUGUACACAAGGUCUAAUUUGGCGUAGUGGGGCAGUUACAUCUGUGGGAGUGAAAUUUAUGUACACUCUUCCACAGCUAGGUUGAUGUAACCUGUCUUGCGUCAACCUGCGUAGCGUAGACCAGGCCUGAGAAGCCCUCCUAAAAGCUUGAUGUUAGGCAAGUAUGCAUCUAAGCUAUGUACAGUUCUCCACCUACUUUGGUGGUGGGUGCCAUACAGUUGCAAGUAACUGCCUAUGUAUGUGCAAAAGAUAAGGUGGGUGAGGUAAUAUCUUUUAUUGGAGCAGCUUAUGUUUCUGAGAGGCGAGCUUAUCUCUGAUAAUACAGCUACAGCAACAGUACAUAUAAUCAUACAUUUAUCCAAACUUGUUUGCUGUUACUUAUUUCCCUAUCUUGGAGGGGGAAGGACUUAUAAGACCUGCAACACUCUAACAUCAAAGCUCAUGAUAUACAGACAUUUGAGGUUGUACUGAUCACAGUAAGCUCAGUUUGGAAGUGAAAACAGCAGUACAUCGGCGUGUGUCAUGUUUGCAAUCCUCUUCAAUGUUGCCAUCGACUGAGUAAUGCAGCGAACAACAGUAGACAUUCCAAGAGGCAUUAAAUAGACACUCUUCCCAUCCCUUGAAGACCUGGACUUCGCAGAUAAUGUCGCUCUCCUAUAACAUACCCAACACCAUAUACAAGAAGAAACAACUCAACUCAAUGCAUUCAGCCAGCAAAUUGGACUGAAAAUCAACCGCAAUAAGACAGAUACCAUGACCUUUAAUAUUGCCUCACCAUCACCAGUACGGAUAGGGGAUUAUGUUCUCACCAAAAUAGAAACAUUCACAUACUUGGGCAGCACCAUCAGCCAGGAUGGUGGAACAAGCCAGGACAUUCGGAACAAAAUCAAUAAAGCCAGGAACACCUUCAGGAGCUUAAAUACUGUCUGGAAAUCGUCAAAAUGCAACAAUAAAACCAAACUCAAGAUUUAUCAGCUGCGUACUUUCAACACUACUUUAUAGUACAGAAUGCUGGGGAAUGAGAAAGUAUGACAUGUCCAAACUGUCUUUAUUCCAUUCAACCUGCCUCAGAAAAAUCCUCCAUAUCUUUUGGCUCAGAACAAUCUCAAACCAAGAUCUAUUGACACAGUGCAACCAAUAGGAUCUGAGCACCAUCAUUGCCAGGAGGCGUUGGAGAUGGAUCGGUCAUGUGCUUCAGAUAGAAACUGAUUCUAACCACAAAGUAGCAAUAGGAUGGACACCUGAAGGCAAAUGAAAACGAGGCCGCCCGAAAACAACAUGGCAAAGAGCUUGUGGAAGCCGAGCUGAAAAACCUGGGGCACAGUUGGGGAACCAUUGAAAGACUUGUCAGAAACAGACAGGAGUGGAGGAGCUUCGUCACCGCCUUAAACACCAGAGGCGUAAUAGGAACAUGAUGGUGAUGAACACAGUAUUAUGACUGUGCCCUUACAAAAGAGUCAGGUGAGCAUUACUGAGUUUCUCCAAGCAAAGUUGAGCAGUUCCCCUGGUGUGGCCUCAUGCAGGAAUAAGAAAAUUGUUGAUUAUUCACAGUUUGGGGAUUUUGAAAAUGAUGAUGAAGACUUCGCCUGUGUACCUGCACCUUUAAACAAAAAAUCUAGAAUAGUACCUACGGAGACAAAUAGGGAGAAAAAGGAGAAGCAGAAAAGGCCACACAAGGAGGUGACUACAGUGCCGAAGAAAACACCCAGUAAAAGGAUAGCCUUAGAUGACAAACUUUACCAGAGAGAUUUAGAAGUUGCAUUAGCCUUGUCAGUGAAAGAACCAUCUGGAGACAUCCUUGAAAUGCAAGAUUCACAAGAACAAGACAUUAAAAAAUGUGAAGCUAUUGAAUUAGAAAAUGUAGACAGCAGUUCCAUCCUCUCCAACUGCAGUGCAGAUAGUGGUCUCUUAGGCCCUGAUCAGGUCACAGAUGACAAUGACAUCCCCACAGGUGGUUAUAGGCAAAGAAGAGCAGCAUCUAAAGCUGUGUCACAGCAGAAGUUACUGACAGAUGACAGUGAUGAGGGAGACCAUGCUGAUAACUAUGAGCCAGACUUUGUGUCUGAUGAGGAAUCAGAGGGUAGCUCAGAUUUCAGUGAGGAAGAUGAUGAAGAUUUUGCUGCAAAAAAGAAGAAAACUAAAGAAAAUAAAAGGAAAGAAAUUAAGUUAAAGGUCCAAACAGAAAAGGAAAAGAAACCCCCCAAAUCCAGAAUUAAUGCUACAUUGGCUCCGUUAGUUUCUUCUCCACGGAUAAUCCAAGCAAAAUCUCAGUCAACAGUGAAGAAGACAUCAAGUUCUCCAGAACCUAUUGGAAAACCUUUAUACACAUCAAGUCCCUCAACAGACAAGAAGAAGCCCAAAUGGAUACCACCAGCUGCCUCAGGAUGCAGUAGUAACCCACUGGGAGGAAUUUCAGUUAAAUCACCUACUCAAGGUCUCAGACUUGGCUUGUCCAGAUUAGCACGAGUGAAACCACUGCACCCAACUGCUGCCAGCAGUUGAAUGAUCUAUGAAAGUGUCUCUCACUUGAAGGAUUACUAUUUGGAAAGAAGCUGAGUGUGCGGUGGGGUUCUUUUGUUUUUAAACAGGGUUGAAAACAAGUGAGCAGUAAACUGUUUAUUAAACUGUUCAUUCAGAGGGAGGAAAUGCUGUCAAUGUUGCUUGUCUGUUAUUAAUAAAGGGCCUUCAUUCUUCAAGGUGCAGUGUACCACCAGUGAAAUGCUGAGCACCUUCGGCUGCUGAAUAAUAUUACUUAAUCAAGGAGACCUCAGGUUGCUCAGCACCUUUGAUGGAUCAGGCCCAAAGAAAUUGAUUGUGUAUUUGAGAUUGUAUCCUUAUGAUAUCUAUCCUCUUUUGAAAAAAAAAGGGGGGGGGGGUAUUACAUUUUUAAAUUGCAUAAAAAUAAUCUAAAAAGCAGUGUAUCAAUUAUGGAUCUAAAAAUAUAGAAUGGAUUCAUAAUGUAACCUUAAAGUUGCAGUUUUGAAUUCCCAGUUUUUAGUAUUCAUUCUGUUCAUAGUCCAAUUAAAGAAUCCCUUUAGUAAAGUGAAAUCAUUGUUCCUCCCAGUCCAGAAAAGUUGAUUCUCAAAUCUUUGUUAAAACUUACUGAUAUUUGUAUUCGUGUGGAUUUUAUUUCUAAGAAUGUAUAAUGUGCUGCUUAGAAAACUGUAUUUUUAAAAAAAGUAAAAUAAAAUAUACUUUAUAAACA